AUGUUUGUUCCAAGAUCUCUCAAAAUCAAGAGGAGUGCUGAUGAGGACAGCAAAGAGUGUGUGACUAAGAAAACAAAAUCACAGUCAGGAGACCCUGAGCUGGGCGAAGGCAGAGAGAUUCCAGUUGAUACUUUGGCUACAGAUGAAGCUGCAACACCCCACGAGUCCAGCCUGGAGCCAGGCCUUUUCCCUGCCCCAACUGAUGAAUUGUGUGAGCAGGCCGCAAAGGAUGGUGAUCUCUUCGAGGAGCCAGUGAAGUCAUUUUCCAAAGCCCAACGCUGGGCAGAGCCUGGCGAGCCUGUCUGUAUUGUCUGUGGUCGUUAUGGAGAGUAUAUCUGUGAUAAGACAGAUGAAGAUGUGUGUAGCUUGGAGUGUAAAGCGAGACAUCUUCUACAGGUGAAGGAAAAGGAAGACCAAGGAGAGCUCAGCAGCCUCCAAAAAGCUGAUUCUGAGCCAGAAUCUUCCCUUGGUGCUUUUUAUGACUACAGAGAGCACCCCUUUAUUUUGAACCUUCAGGAGGACCAGAUUGAACAUCUUAAACAGCAGCUAGGAAUUGUAGUUCAAGGCCAGGAAGUCCCAAGGCCCAUUAUUGAGUUUGAACAUUGCCGUUUCCCUGAGGCUUUGAACCGUAACUUGAAGCAGUCAGGCUAUGAAGUUCCAACCCCCAUCCAAAUGCAGAUGAUUCCUGUUGGACUUCUGGGAAGGGACAUUCUGGCCAGUGCCGAUACUGGCUCAGGAAAAACGGCUGCCUUUCUUCUUCCUGUUAUCAUUCGAGCUUUAUUUGCGGAAAAAACUCCUGUUGCACUUAUUCUGACACCAACAAGAGAGCUCGCCAUUCAGAUAGAGAAGCAAGCAAAAGAGCUGAUGAGUGGCCUGCCUCGCAUGAAGACAGUGCUGCUCGUAGGGGGCUUGCCCUUACCCCCUCAGCUGUAUCGGUUGCGACAACAUGUUAAGGUUAUCAUAGCAACCCCUGGGCGACUUCUGGAUAUAAUAAAACAGAGCUCUGUAGAACUCUGCAAUAUAAACAUUGUAGUAGUAGAUGAAGCUGAUACCAUGUUAAAGAUGGGCUUUCAACAACAGGUGCUUGACAUUCUGGAAAACAUUCCUGAUGACUGUCAGACCAUUUUGGUUUCAGCCACAAUUCCAGCUAGCAUGGAGCAACUAGCAAGUCAGCUUCUGCAUAAUACUGUGAGAAUUACCACAGGGGAAGAGAACCUGCCGUGUCCCAAUGUACGCCAGAUUAUUUUAUGGGUAGAAGAGCCAUCCAAAAAGAAAAAACUGUUUGAGAUCUUAAAUGAUAAGAAACUCUUUAAGCCUCCAGUGUUGGUAUUUGUGGACUGCAGGUUGGGAGCUGAUCUGCUGAGUGAGGCAGUUCAGAAAGUCACAGGCCUACAGAGUAUAUCGAUGCAUUCAGAGAAGCCACAGAUAGAGAGGAAGAACAUAUUGAAGGGAUUGCUUGAAGGAGACUAUGAUGUGGUAGUAAGCACAGGAGUCCUGGGACGAGGCCUGGAUUUGAUCAAUGUCAAGCUAGUUGUCAACUUCGACAUGCCUUCUAGUAUGGAUGAGUAUGUGCAUCAGAUUGGAAGAGUGGGAAGAUUGGGGCAGAGAGGAACAGCACUUACUUUCAUCAAUAACAACUCAAAAAGGCUUUUCUGGGAUAUUGCAAAAAGGGUAAAGCCCACAGGAAGCAUUCUUCCCCCACAGCUACUGAAUUCUCCUUACCUUCAUGACCAGAAGAGAAAGGAACAGCAGAAAGCUAAACAGACACAGAACAGUCUGGUUACAGGAGCUAAUCUUAUGGACAUUAUUAGAAAACAUGAUAAAAGUAACUCACAGAAAUGA